UAAUCCCCAAUUUUUUUUCUGUCCAUUUUCACAUUUCUUGUGCUUUUCAUCUUUGAUUUUAUAGGAGACUUGUAUCCAUUUGUCUUCCAUUCCUUAACUCAGGGGUUUUGUUUACAAGCUUCAAUUAAUGUUUAAUUCGUGAGAAAGUUCGCGAUUUUCACUUCUUUCAAGUAUUCAAUGUGAUUUUUCUUUGAGUGAAAAGUAAGAUUAUCUGUCAGCAAUAUUCUUGGGUUUUUGCUGUUUCUGGGACUGGGUUUAUAUUACACGAUAAAAUUGUGGAACUAAAUAUGGCACCAGAAGCUUUUGCGGUGUGUUGACUUGUGAAUACUGAUUUGGUUAAGAGCAGGGAAGUUGAAAUUGGGAGUGGAAAGUGAGAUACUUUGGGGAUGAAAGGAAUCAUAGUUGGUGUUGGGAGGAGUUGGAUUUUAAAGUGAAGAAAAAUUGGUAAUUUGAAGUUAUUUAGAGGCUGUAGUGGAUUCGUAAAGCGAGUUUUUUUUAGGUUUACUCGUUCUUGAGGUUGAAUUGUGCUUAAAAAUGGAUGACACUGAGGAUGAUGCAAGGUACCCCCCAAACCCAUAUGGUGUGAAUCACCAGCAGGGUUAUGGUUCUUCAAAUCGACAAAAACUUCCUGUGAAGAAUGCUCCAUAUUCCAGGACAGUUGGUAAUCAAUAUGUUGAUGUUGAUGAAGAAGACGAGAAUGAAGAAGAAGAAGAAGAAGAUGAAGAGGAGUUGGGAAAAGACUAUAGAGAGAAUAAUCAAAAUAAUGGUAUCCGGUAUGUGGGAAAAGAUGUGGAUGAUGGUGAGGAGGAUGAGGAUGACGAUGAUGAUGAGGAUCCAGAUGUUGAUGAAGAAGAAGAAGAAGAAGAAGAAGAAGAGGAUGAGGAGGGCAAUCAAAAGAAUUAUAGCAGGAGGAUUGAUGAUGUUGAUUUGGAAAAGCAUCCUAAAAAACGAAAGCUAAAAAGCUUAGUUUCAAGCUAUGAAUUUGCUCCUCGUGUCCCGGCACCUCCUGUUACAACCUCAUCAGCUCCAAAACCCUCAUUUGCUGGGCGUAAUCCACUCACUGAUUGGACUGAGCAUGAAACUUUUGUUUUGCUGGAUGCUUGGGGUGAUAAAUUUUUGCAACGUGGGAGGAAGAGUCUUCGUUCUGAGGAAUGGCAAGAAGUUGCAGAGAAGGUAUCAGAGGUAUCAAAGAUUGAGAGAACAGACACGCAAUGUAGGAAUCGUUUGGAUACAUUGAAAAAGAAGUACAAAAAGGAGAAGAUUAGUCUAGCAGAGACAGGUGGCAAUAGUAGCACAUGGGUUUAUUUCAAGAAGAUGGAUAUGCUAAUGUCAACAUCUGCACAGCAAGGCGGGCUUUCAUGUGGGGUGGACUCAGGAGAGUAUGUGUUCAUGAACCCUAGAGUAUACCUAAACCGUGCAAAUGGGUUGGAUGAGAUGAGGGAUAGUCCAGGCAAUUCAGAAUCAGCUGAUGAGGCAGAGGAUGAUUCAGAUGGACUUCCACCAAAGAAGAGAAAGUCUGGAAGGGACCGCAGUGAAAGAUCCUCAUUUAGAUUGCUGGCAGUGGCAGAUUCUAUUCAGAAAUUUAGUGAGAUAUAUGAGAAGAUCGAGAAUAAUAAAAGGCAGCAGAUGUUGGAACUAGAGAAGAUGAGGAUGGAUUUCCAUAGGGAUUUAGAAAUGCAGAAAAGACAGAUAAUGGAGAGAGCACAGGCUGAAAUAGCUAAAAUUCGGCAGGGUGAUGAUGAUGAGAAUGAUCUUUCUGCUGAUAAUGCCAGUGGAUAAUGUUUCUAGAUCUGAUUUGCAUCUGUAUCAUUAAUUAGCACAUUUGCUGGUUGUUGUUGUUGUAUAAUGCUGAGGCCUUCUUUUACUCUUGUAAGGCAAUUGAAUUGUUGGCAAUAUUGUAUUAGCUAUAACAGAGGAAAUAAUAGAAUGUUUGAGGAUUUAUUCAAUCAAA